UACUCUAGAUAUUCAAAAGUAUUUAUUGUUAUUUCUCUUAUUCUAUACAAUUCUAUUUAAAAUAUUCAAAGCUAUUUAAUAUUACAAUUUAAAAUAUUCAUAUUUUAAUAAUAUUUAAUCUUUAAUAUUUAAUAUUUAAUCUUGUAUUUCAAAAAAAAAAAAAAACAUAUUUAUUUGUUCAAAAUAUUUGUGCUCACAAAAUUAUUAAAUAAUAAUUAAUCAAUAAUAAAAUACCUUCGGUUGUAUAUAUACAUAUUAUGUAUAAGUGUUAUAUUUGUAUAAUAAUCAACAAUAUUAAUCCAAAGUAAUUAAAAAUUCAAUUUCAAAUAGUAAUUAAAAAUAGAAUUAGAGAAUAAUAAAUGAAAAAAAAUUCAAAUAAUUAAAAAAAAGUAAAUUGAAAGACUAUAUAGAUACUAAAUAGCAGUAAAAAACAAAAACAAAAAAGAAUUAUAAACGGAAGAAAAUAAAAGAAAAAAAAAAUCAGCACAAAUGUUUCCACACACCACGUGUAUUUGCAUGAGCGGAAAACAAAAAUUUAUUGAAGCAUUGCAACAAGAACAACAACAACAAAUUAAAAAACGGCAAGAGAAUGAACAACAAAAUGAAGAACAACAACAAUUACAGACCGAUGAUGAUGUUGAUGAUGACGAUUAUGAGGGAAAUUCAAAUAUGAUAAAUAGAGAAAAUAAUGAAAAUGAAAUUGAAAAUGAAAAUGAUUUACAAUUGAAUAAUGAUAAUAAGAGUUAUAAUAGUAAUGAUAAUUUAAUUGGUAACACUAGCACUAGCAAUAAUAAUAAAAGUAAUGAUAAUAAAAAUACAGUACAAAAUUAUAAUAAAAAAAUUAAUAAAAAAAAUAAAAAUUAUCAAUUAAAAGCUGAAGAUUUUUGGGUAAUAUUGUCACCAAUUCCGCCAAUUCAUAAUGUUAGUGAAAUUUUAAUGAAUAAUAAUGAUGGUAGUAGCAAUGAUUCAAAUGAUACUAGAGAUUGUAAAGAGUUAAAUAAUAUCAGUAACGGGGAUAAUAAUUUGAAUAAGGUAAGUGAAGUAAAUUGCAUAUGAUUGUAUAUUAUAAAUAUUAUUCAAAUACAAAUGGAAGAUUGCUGAUUCAAUAAUAAAGUUUAUGGAAAAUUCUUAAGGAAUAUAUGUAAGCUAAUAAAAUUUUAGUUAACAAAACCUUCGGAUAUCCAUAUCGGAUCUUUUGUUACUCUCAUCUCUGCAUAUAUUCGCAACAAAUUGAGGCUCCUGAUAAAUUGUCCAGUAUAUUGCCGCAAAAUUUUCACCGGAUCACAAAAUUAUUUGCGAAACUUCUUAGCUGUACUCGAGUUACCGCAUUGCAUUUGGAAAACAGGUGGUCUACCGUCUUGUCUUCCUCGAUAACAAUAACAUCUGUUUUGCAGUUAAAAUAUGCCAGUGUGCUAAGUUUGAAGUUUUAGGCUCUUUUUGUUAUCAGAUGAACGAUAACCAACAAGUAAACGAUUAAAAAAUGCAAAUUUAUGUUUAUUGUUAUCGUAAAAAAAUUCGAGGGUAGACAAUUAAUAACUAAAUGGUUUGAUAAAUGUGUAUAUAUUAUAAGUUACCUAAAAAAAUAAUGAUUUUGAGCAAGAACUACUUUAUGACGUCGGAAAUGCUUUCUUAGUAUUACACACGUUUGCAUAAAUGUUUUAUACCGCACCCAUGCGAUAAUAGAGAUGACUAAAAAAAUGUAAUUAUUUAAGAUUUUAAUUGCUUAUAAAUGACAACUAUUUCUAGUAAUUAUUAUGAAAAAAAUUUUUUUCUUACUUUUGAAUUUGGUUUUGUUCUCGUUACAUAAUUUUAAGGAUUACGAAGAUUUUAAAACAAGUCUUAUCGGAAAAUUGCAAUAUUUUGAAAUUUUUAACGUUCACUUUCAAACUAUGAUUGCAAACAAUUGUUACACAAAACUAAUGAAUAAAGUUAUCUUGCUUUGUAGCUUCAUGCCUCUGUAGCUCAGUUGGUAGAGUGUCCGCCUAGAAAGCGGUAGGUCACUGGUUCGAGUCCAGUUCGAGGAGAAAAAUUUUGUAAUUAAUUUUUCUGCCUUUAACUCGUUCUUUCGAUUACGACAUCCAUCUGUUCUGCAGUUGCAUGAAGAGAUUUCCAUUAAGUUAAAUUAUCUUGCUAUUCUGUUAUUAUUUAGAACAUACCAGCCCAAAUCUUCCAUAUUUCAUUUUUGAUAUUACAAACAUUUUAUUGACUGUCUUUCAAACAAUAUAUUGUGGGAAAAAACAUGAAAUAAAAAUAAAAAUAUUAAAAUAAUACACAAAAUACUGAAAUGAAAUAAAAAAAACAGCAGUUUUCAAUUAAAUCGCCAUAGGGACAAAACAGUAACAAAAAAAAAAAAAAAAAAAAAUAAAAAUUAUUACCAUAGCGAUUUCACACUUUUUUUUCACAAAUUAUUCCUGUUCAAAUUUAUUUAUGUAUAAAAAAAAAACACAAAACAAGAACUACAGAAGAACAUAAAAAAAAAACACAAAAGUAAAAAUCAAGUAAAUUUUCGUCCUUGUUUCAUUUUCAAAUAAUCAGCAAUGUCAUCCUUAAAUGCGUCAUAUUGAAAAUGAAUGUAUGUAAGGAAAAUAUUUUUGUAUGUACAAACAUUUUUGUUGGAUAUAGAAAAAGAGAAAAAAUUUUCAAAAAUAUUUCCAAAUAAAACAUGAUGACGUUAUUAUG